AUGAGUAAUAUUGAGCCCAACGACUUAUCCCAGCUUAUUAUAAACCUUUUUCCAGACAAAAAAGAGUGUGAACAAGUCUUUAAGGAAGUGAACAGUGACGAUUUUUCAGCGAAGUGUGUAGAGGAUCUUAAGUUCAUUGACUGGAGGGGUAUUGUUGGUAAUUUGACUGUGAAGCAGCGUAAGGUCAUUGCAAUUAAAAUUAAAGAAAUUACAAAGGAACAAAAACAAGAGACGGAGGUAUACAAGAUGACUGGUAACAUCAUCAAGAUGAAUUUGUUCAAACCGCCAAGGUAUCGAUAUCAAAUGGACUAUCGAAUAUGGUCUGCUGAACAAACAACUGAUUUCAUGUUAAAAAAUGGCAUUUCAAAGGCGGCUGUAACUUCUUUGAAAAAUUUGGAUGGGAACAAAUUAGUCAACUUUGAUGAGAAGAAAUUGGGGUGGUUUGAAGGGUCCAAGAUUAAAGGUGAUGUGCUUGAUAAAAUAAGAGCGUGUGGACUUCUUGCGCAAAAAGAACUUGCAUCGACCAUAAUAGUAAGAGCGGCUCGACAGUAUGAAUUCAGGAAGAUGAAUAAACUAUAUGCCUAUCGUACCAAUGUUGCUCAGGAGUUGUUGUCCACAGAAGAAAGUUACGUCCAACAGCUCAAGUUUCUUGUUGAGAAGUUUGUUGAGCCGAUCACUCGAGACCAAGUUAUUCCAGUGGAGACUUCGCGAAAGAUAUUUAGUGACAUAGAAAUGAUCUUAUCUGUCAACACCAAGUUUCUCGAGUCAUUUCAGAAAGUUAUUAAAGUGUGGAAUAGCGAGUCGAGUAUUGGGGGACUGUUUUUAAAAUUAGCGCCGUUCUUAAAAAUCUAUGGCGAGUAUUGUAAGAACUACCCCCAAGCAUUGAAAGAGUUGGAUAAAUUAGGGAAGGAACACAAGUUCUAUGAAGAGUACCAUAGAAUCAUGCUAGAGAAAGCACCGGAAGAGUAUAAGAACUCAGAAUUGACAUCAUUUUUGAUAACCCCCAUUCAACGCAUUCCUCGAUACAAAUUGCUCUUAAACGAUCUAUUGAAACACACGCCACAGAAUCAUAUAGACUAUAAAGAUUUGUCUGAUGGGCUUAAUUUGGUCUCACAAGUCGCAAUCAGUGUGAACGAUUUUAGUAAGCAAGCCGAACAUAUGGAACAAGUGAAUGACUUAUCCUCACGAAUUUCAGACUUACCAAAUGAAGUCAAUUUCCUGGAACCUGGCAGAAUCUAUCAGAAGGAUGGAGUCUUAUUGGUGUGCUACAAAAAGAAGUAUGUGACGUGCCACUGCAUCUUGUUCUCCGACAUUUGUGUCUUUGCUAAAUACUCGCAAAGUCUGUUGUCGAAUACGUUGAGUAAGAAAUUUGUGUAUAAGACGCACGUUGUUGUUGAUUCACUCAAAGUCGAGACGGAGAUGACCGAAGUGCCAAAUAACAAGGAAAUAGCUGGGGAUUGUAUCUUCUCUGUCAUCUCUGGGAAGAGUGUGUUCUACAUUGCAACUAAAACAACAAAAGAGAAGGAUGAAUGGGUCAAAGCGUUUAAUACAGCAAUUGAGAAGGCCAUCAAGAGGAAAAAAAGGUUUGAAGAACAAACUCUUGAAACUUCAAAACAGAAGGUUGAAGUGGCAAAAUAA